UAUUGUAAUGUUGUCAUGCUAUAAAAUAUUUCAAACAAAACAAUUGAAAUGAAAGAUAGGUAUUUUCAACCAAUCCCAAUAUGUUCAUUCUUAAGACUCACGGAAUUAUGACUUGAUAUAAAUAUUAAAUUGAUGAUUUCUUAGAGAUCCAGUUUAUCCUCCAAUUUCAGUCCUCCAUUAACAAUAAUUUCAUCUCUUUACGCUUUCCUUAUAUCGCUGUUCAUUCCUCAUUCAAUUCAAUCUGUCUAGCCGUUGGGAAUUGGAUUGAAUCACAGAAUUACGUAUUGAAUUUGUGAGGUAAUUUUUUUCAACUUUCCCAAUAUUCUUCCUCAUUUUGAGUAAUUUUCAUUGGUGGCUUUUUUCCGCGAUCGAUUUUGCUAUCAAAUUCGUCCUCUUUUGAUUUGAAAUCUCUUCUGUCUCAAUCAAUAAAGUGUUUGUUCUGGAAUUCUAUCGACAUUUUGAUUGGCUUGGAGUACUAACAUUUUCGUAAACCCUUUUUUUAUACUACAAGUUAAACAAUCUUAAAUCGAUUAUUAUUGAUUGAGUUUGGCUAUUGGCUAUCUCAAUAAGGCACAAAUCCCAUUUCAUAGUUUGAUUUGAUUUCUCCUUGUCUAAUCUUCUGUAAAUCGCCCAACUUGUUUUCCUUUCUUUUCAAUUUGUAAUUGUUGCAACUCUUUUUUAUUUGUGGUAGCUAAAGAAUCAAACUCUUGUAAAAACAAAAUUGUGAAUUUUUGUAUGGUGUAAAUUAUUAAUUCAUUUACAAUUAAAAAAAUGACUAUAUGAAUAAAAAAAUCAAGGUUUACCAUCAAUUAUUAAAAAACAAUUUCUACCUUCAUAGUUAGUUAUACGUUUCUACAAACUUCCAAUAUCAAUUUCCCAUCAAAUAUAUUUAUUUAAUUACAAAUGUACACCCAAAAGUAUAAUGUAAAUGAUGUUAUCCGCUAUAAAAUGAUCAAUCACUAUUAAUUCUUAGCUGAAAAUAAUGUAUAACAAAGAUUCAAAUCAGAUGAUCUGCAUGAGGGACCCAUUUCAUAAAAUGAUUCUUGGCUGCAAAUUACAAUGACGACAUCCUGUGAACACUUUUUCUCCUUUUUUGGUUUUACUUCUAGAGACCAUUUCAAUACUUAAAACAACAGAAUUCCUUCAUUCUUCUCACAACUUCAGAGCAAGAAAAAAAUGUUGUCUAAGGCAUUAUGCUGCUACAUUUUCACCUCAUUAGAUCAAAUUCUGACAAAUUCUGUGAUUCAACAUAAUGAUUCACAAUGCGAUUGUGCUUUUGUAGCACAAAAUCUAAGCAUAGACAGUUUAUUGAAGUACAAAAUUGGUGCUAUAUUAGCUAUAUUAACAGCAAGUGGAGUGGGAGUUACACUGCCUAUUGUAGGGAAGAACUUCCCUGUUUUACACCCAGAAAGCAAACUUUUUUUCCUGAUUAAGGCAUUUGCAGCUGGGGUGAUAUUAUCAACUGGGUUUAUUCAUAUACUUCCCGAUGCAUUUGAAGACCUUACAAAUCCUAUCCUUAAGGAUCAUCCUUGGGGGAAGUUUCCUUUUGCUGGGCUUGCUGCAAUGGUUGGUGCACUUGGGUCUUUGAUGAUUGAUGCCAUUGCUACUGGGCAUUAUCAAAGGGCUCACUUCGGCGAGCCGGCGGCUGGUGGUGGUGGUGGCGGUGAUGAGGAGAGACAAGGGGAACAUGCUGGUCAUCUUCAUUUACAUACUCAUGCUACUCAUGGACAUGCUCAUGGACCUAGUCUAGUUGAGUCUAGCUUGGAUGGUUUGAGUGAUUUUGAUCGUAUUAAGUACAGGGUUACUUCUCAGGUGCUGGAAAUGGGGAUUGUAGUUCACUCAAUAAUAAUUGGGAUAUCUUUAGGUACUUCUGAUAGUCUUGACACUAUCAAACCGCUUAUCAUAGCACUGUCUUUCCAUCAGUUUUUCGAAGGCAUUGGACUUGGUGGUUGCAUAGCACAGGCCGCUUUCAAGUCAGGAUCUGCAAUCUGCAUGGCAUUGUUCUUCUCCCUUACUACUCCUGUUGGAAUAGCAAUUGGUAUCGGAAUAGCAAAUGUGUACGAUGACAGUAGUCCAACUGCGCUGGUCGUUCAGGGAAUGUUAAAUUCAGUUGCAGCCGGAAUCUUGAUCUACAUGGCUCUUGUUGAUCUUCUAGCUCAAGACUUCAUGAACUCAAAGGUGCAGACAAAUACCAGGCUGUUCUUGGGUGCUAAUGUAUCAUUGCUACUUGGUGCUAGUGUUAUGGCCCUUUUGGCUAUAUGGGCUUGACUUUAGUCUUAUCAUUACAUAAAUUUUAAGCAAUUUAUAGAAUUUGUUUAUUGGUUUAUUUGAUUCUCCCUCUAUUGAGAUCAAUCAUGAUCACAUGUUAGUAAUUCAAGAUUGAUAUCAACAAAAAAGCAUAAUUAUCAAAUGAAAUGUACUAGUUGAUUUUAGAUGUAUAUAAUAUAUAUGGUGGGUGGGGAGGGGCUUUACCCUCUAAAA